AUGCCCGCAAGGCCCAUACCGUCGGCCUUGACGUUUGACCUAAUCUCAAGAUGCUCAACAACGAAAGCCAGAGCCGCGACUCUGCAUCUUCCUCAUGGCCCAGUCCAGCUGCCCUUGUUCAUGCCUGUAGCGACGCAAGCCUCACUGAAAGGCCUCACGCCGAAGCAACUUGAAGAUACAUCGUGCAGACUCUGCUUGAACAAUACAUAUCAUCUUGGUUUGAAGCCUGGCCAGAAGACGCUUGACGCCAUCGGUGGAGCACACAAGCUGCAAUCAUGGCCUCACAACAUCUUGACAGGUAUGGUCGAAGACACCUUCCAAAUGGUCUCGCUGCUGAAGCUUGCACAAGUAACUGAAGAAGGCGUGCGCUUUCUCAGCCCACACGAUGGAAGUCCUAUGCUACUCACGCCCGAGCAUUCCAUCUCCCUGCAGAAUUCGAUCGGCUCAGAUAUCAUCAUGCAACUGGACGAUGUGAUUGCAACAACCUCUCCUGAUCAUGCUCGCAUCAAGGAGGCAAUGUAUCGAUCCGUACGCUGGCUAGAUCGCUGCAUUGCCGCCCACAGGAAGCCGGAAAGCCAGAACCUGUUCUGCAUCAUUCAAGGCGGCCUGGACCUGGAUCUACGCCGCGAAUGUUGCAAAGAGAUGCUCGCUCGAGAUACGCCUGGCAUUGCCAUCGGAGGUCUCAGUGGAGGCGAAGCCAAGGCUGAGUUCUGCAAGGUCGUCGAUGCAUGCACCGGCAUGUUUCCCACCCACAAGCCACGAUAUGUUAUGGGUGUUGGCUAUCCGGAGGAUAUCCUUGUCUCAGUCGCUCUUGGCGCAGACAUGUUCGAUUGUGUCUGGCCUUCACGAACGGCACGUUUUGGUAAUGCCAUCACGAAUGCUGGUGUGCUCAAUCUCAGACAUGCCUCCUAUGCCGAGGACUUCGGCCCCAUUGCGCCUGGCUGCAAGUGCAUCUGCUGUCGAGACGAAGACGAAGGUGGUCUCGGAAUUAGUCGUUCCUACAUCUACCACACCGCCGCGAAGGAGACGGUUGGUGCGCAUCUCAUGACUAUGCAUAAUACCCAUUACAUGCUUGACUUGAUGCGACGAGCUCGAGAGGCCAUCAUCGAAGACAGAUAUCCAGGGUUCUUGAAGAAUUACUUCAGCACACUCUAUGCUGGAAACAAGAAGAAGUACCCCGACUGGGCUGUGCAGGCGUUGAAAGGAGUCGGCGUGGAUUUACUCGAGGAUUGA